CUGUCCUGGCAUCUUGAAGAAUCAACUCUCUAGUUGUACAAUUUGCCAACUGAAGUCUCCUCCAAUCUAUAAAUACCUCGCAUUGUCCAAUCUCACGGUGUUUCAAGUGGGGUGGUUCAGCUCCCUCGAUUUUAGGUCCAUAUACUCCGCCUUAAAUCUUCCAUUAUUGUUGACAACUUGAACUUUCCUUCUCAUUCCCCCAACCCGACGUCCCUCGUUUAUAAUCGCAUUCUUCUCAUCGCCCGCUCUUUCCAAUCUGAUUGAACCUGCCUUGUCAAGUUAGUGGCCAGAGAUCCUAGACUGAAACUUAAACGCCCGUUCACCGCCGCUAAACCCCUCCUUACAAUCUCAGCGACACCGCACAUCGCGAACCCCAACUUGCAGAACCGGAUUGCUGUCUUCAAUUGAACAUUUAGCCCUUUUUGGCGAUUUCCUCUAUAAUUCAAAUCUCAGAACAUAUUCACAAUGCCUAUCGCAACCCAGGAAGACCAGCCUCUCUUCCCUACCACCCUCAUCUCCCCCCUCGUCUCCGACGUCCUUCCAAAAGGGUACUCAAUCCGCCCGAUACAACGCUCCGACUUCCACCGGGGCUACCUCGAUGUCCUGCGUGUCCUUACAACAGUCGGUGACGUGAGCGAAGAUGCCUGGAACAAGCGAUUCGACUGGAUCUCCACCCGGAAUGACGAAUACUACCUCCUUGUUAUCGUAGACGAAGAAGACAAGAUUGUUGCGACAGGGAGUCUGAUUGUUGAGCGCAAGUUCAUCCACUCUCUGGGCAUGGUCGGGCAUAUUGAAGACAUUGCUGUUGAGAAGGGGCAGCAGGGAAAGAAGUUGGGCCUUAGGGUCAUCCAGGCGUUGGAUUUUGUGGCCGAGAAGGUUGGGUGCUAUAAGACUAUCUUGGACUGCUCCGAGACAAACGAAGGAUUCUAUAUCAAGUGUGGGUUCAAGAGGGCUGGGUUGGAGAUGGCCCAUUACUAUUAGACGGAGUUUAGGUGCCUGAAAUGGAAGUGGAGUAAUCGUUACGGGCUUGAUAUUUGCUUGUUAUGUGCUCCAAGUGUAUAUCCAGGUUUCUUUCUGCUGGCGUUCAGAGAUUUGUGAUUGAUACUGGCUUGCUGGCUUUGUUAGUGAUGGAUAGACGUAUGCAUAGAUUCAUGGCUGUUUAUAUUAUCCGUUUCUCAGCACCCACGAGGGUCUACUGUAGCGAGACGCUUUGGUAGAUUGACCCAGAUGUUCUAGUUAUAUGGGCGUAGGGAAGUAAAUGCUUCUUCGAAUGUAUUGGCCA